CUGCAGUCCGCCCUGGGGGCCGCGGAGAGGCUCCGCGCGGCCGUGGACGCCGCCAGGGCGGACCCGGGGGCGGGCGGAGGCGUGGCUGAGCUCGCCCAGGCGGUGACGGGCUGCGAGUCCGCGGUGUCCCUGCUGGAGGCGUCGGCGAGUGCCGCGUCAGGCGCCUCCUCGCGCGCCUCGGGGCUGCGGCAAGCCGUCGCGGAGGCGCGGGAGGCCAUGGGCCGGGCCCGCGCGGACGAGGCGUUGCGAGAGGCGCUCUCGUCGGCGCCCUGGGCCGGGGGGCCCCUGGACGCGGGCGGCGCGACGAGGGGUGCGCUGCAGGCCCUGGAGAGGCUGGCCGCGGCGGCGACCGAG